ACACCCCCGACCCGAAACAUUUUAGUGACACUUGGACACAUUAAUAACACGUGGCUGUCAGUCACUAUAGUAAUGCACACCUCACUUGUGAAUAAAAAACCAUAUAAACCAUACACGAUCCCUUGUAAAAAUCAGGUGAACGUAGAGAAAACCAGAAGAAUGAUGAUAAGGAAGUGGUGGAGAUCUGUGGGAAGCGUCGGAAAGUGUGAUGGUCGGUAUGAUGGAGUGAGGACGAUGGUUGGAAAAGCUUCGAACCGAGCUGGUGUUCAUGGUUCGAAACUUCCCGACGCUAAAGCACUUGACAAUGUAACUAUAAUUGUGGCCUAUUCGAAUUUUAUUGUUUAUGUUAUAACCACUUCACAAGCUUAUCUUACUCCAUUGGUGGCUCAACGUAUCAUCACCCAUGCUAAAUUCUUACAAACCCCUUCGAGACAAUCCACCUUCUCAAAGCACUUAGAACUCAAUCCAGGUCUCUCUAAAUCAACCAAACUCGACGAAGCCGUAACCUUGAUAGAGAAUUCAUCAUCAUCAUCAUCCUCACCGUCGAAUCUCUCCUCCACUCCAGAGGCCUACACAGACCUUCUUCAUGCAUGCAUCUCAGCUAAAUCGCUUCACCAUGGCCUCAAAAUCUCUUCUUUGAUUCUCAACAACCCUAAUCUCCGUCACAAUCCGAAAUUGCUUAGCAAGCUCAUAACCCUUUUCUCGGUAUGUCGCCGAUUAGAUCUAGCUCGGAAAAUGUUCGACGAUGUCACCGAUUCAACGCUACUUACUGAGAAAGUGUGGGCGGCUAUGGCGAUUGGGUAUUCUAGAAACGGGUCACCACGAGAUGCUUUGCUUGUGUAUGUUAACAUGUUGUGUAGUUUCAUCCAACCUGGGAAUUUUUCGAUUUCCGUUGCGUUGAAAGCUUGCGUCGGUUUAAAAGAUCUUAGGGUUGGUAAAGGAAUCCAUGGUCAGAUUGUGAAACGGAGGGAGAAGGUUGAUCAGGUUGUGUACAAUGUGCUCUUGAAGCUUUACAUGGAACGUGGCUCAUUCGAUGAUGCACGCAAGGUGUUCGAUGGAAUGUCUGAGAGAAAUAUCGCUACUUGGAAUUCUUUGAUUUCGGUGCUCAGCAAGAAAGCUCGGGUUCAUGAGAUGUUUCAUCUGUUCAGAAAGAUGCAGGAAGAGAUGAUUGGGUUUAGUUGGGCGACUUUGACGACGAUAUUGCCAGCGUGUUCACGUGUCGCUGCUCUUCUCACUGGGAAAGAGAUUCAUGCACAGAUUCUGAAAUCCAAAGAGAAGGAACCUGAUGUUCCGUUGCUUAAUUCGUUGAUGAAUAUGUAUGGUAAGUGUGGCGAGGUUGAGUAUUCUCGCAGAGUCUUUGAUGGUAUGUUGUUAACUAAGGAUUUGACUUCAUGGAACACGAUGCUAAACUGUUAUGCAAUCAAUGGAGAUAUUGAAGAAGAGAUGAAUCUGUUUGAUUGGAUGAUUGAGUCAGGUGUUGCACCAGAUGGGGUUACGUUUGUUGCUUUGUUAUCUGGGUGUAGCGAUACAGGGUUCACUGAAUAUGGUCUGAGUUUGUUUGAACGUAUGAAAACAGAAUUCGGAGUUUCACCUGCCUUGGAGCAUUAUGCUUGUUUGGUUGAUAUCUUGGGCCGAGCUGGUAAAAUCGAAGAAGCAGUGAAGAUAGUGGAAACAAUGCCGUUUAAGCCAAGUGCAUCCGUUUGGGGAUCACUGCUUAACUCUUGUAGGCUCCAUGGGAAUGUUUCAGUGGGAGAGAUUGCAGCGAAGGAGUUGUUUGUUCUUGAACCUCAUAAUCCGGGAAAUUAUGUUAUGGUUUCUAACCUUUAUGCUGAUGCGAAGAUGUGGGAUAAUGUUGAUAAGAUCCGAGAGAUGAUGAGACAAAGAGGGAUCAAAAAGGAAGCUGGUUGCAGUUGGGUACAGGUUAAAGAUAAGAUUCAAACCUUUGUUGCUGGAGGUGGAUACGAGUUUCGUAGUUCAGAUGAGUAUAAGAAAGUCUGGACAGAACUACAGGAAGCAAUUGAUAAAUCCGGUUAUUCUCCUGAUACGAGCGUAGUGCUUCAUGAUGUUGAUGAAGUAACUAAGGCAAAUUGGGUUUGUAGACACAGCGAGAGACUUGCGACAACCUACUCCCUGAUUCAUACUGGUGAAGGGGUUCCAAUAAGGGUUACCAAGAAUCUCAGAGUAUGUGCAGACUGUCAUUCAUGGAUGAAGAUUGUAUCGCAAGUAACUGGGAGAGUCAUAGUCCUUAGAGACACAAAACGAUUCCACCAUUUUGUUGCUGGCAUCUGCUCAUGUAAAGAUUAUUGGUGACUGGUGAGGUAUUAUUCUAUAUGCAACAAGUGAGUAGUAGAGGAAUCUAAAAGACUGAAGUUGUAGAACGGACAAGGUUUGUAACUGGUCAUUUUAUACUGUUUGUAAGGCUUUUGAUAGCGGAAGCUGAUAAGGCCGCGGAAGUGCUUGAAUUUGCUGCCACAAGAAACCCACGUGCUUACCAUCAUUGUUGGAGAGUAGCUGAGUAGGUAUUCUGAAACCCGAAGCAAUGCAACUGAUUGAGAUGAGGACACAUUAAACAGAAACAAUCUAUCUCGUUCGGCAUGACCGUGAUUUACCAGCGACGGUAGGAGUGAUAAGAGUAUGUUUCUGCCAAGCAAACUAGACAUGGAGCAGACAUAGUCACAUAGAUGGCCAAUAUAAACUUGGGAUGAUAUCUCUGACAGUUGGAACCAUUAUCAGACUGGCGGAGAGUCAUAUAUCUGAAAUGGAAGAGAAUGGGUGCAUCAUUUGGACCUAGAACUCUUAACCAAGAAGUUGUUGAAAUCACAUAAGGUUCUAUCUCGUUUUGGGUGGACAACAUUUUUGUGGAACACUGGAACCCAUUUGUUUUUUUUUUUCUUGUAUAAAGUUUGAAGAAAAAAAUUGGUUUGGGAUU